CUUUCGGCAAACCAUGCAGCAUUGCUCCUUACUUUAGUCUCCAUCUAUAAACCUCCAAUUCCCCUCCCCCUCAGCAGCUCUCGCCGACCUCUUAUCCGAGAAAUCAUGACUCCGCGCGAUUCCGAUUUUCACUCCCCCAGAAUGUCAGACGAGCACCACUACCUGUCUCGUUCGCCGCUCGCGCGGUCCGCCAUUGCGCGCGACCUUGAGGACUACGCCGACGACGAAAGCUCCAUGCUCACCACCGACGACGACGACGAUGCCUCCGAGACCUCGACCAUUCGCGCAAUCGGCAGCCAGCCCGGAACCCGCGCCCAUUCCCUGGCCGGCUCGUACCAACGGCCCAGCUACUUCACCACCGUCUCGCGCGCCACCGUCGUCCCGUAUCGCCCGGAGCAGGAAGGCCUGACCCGGCGCGAACGCGACCAGGCCAUCGAGGACGAGCGCAAUCUCCUCACGGACAACCAUUUCAUCGAGCCGUCGCGGAAGAAGACCCGUCGCUCGGCCUCGGAGUCCGCGCCGUCCACAGAGGAGACCGCGCUCCUCGGUGGGGAGGGAUCUUCGCGGGCGCCGCAGUACGAUUCCGUGGACUCCGAGGAGAUCGACCGGAAGUGGGAGGAGGCCGUCACCGCGGGGCUCAUCCAGACAACGUGGAAGCGCGAGGCUCAGGUCAUCGGCAAGAAUGCGGCGCCCUUGGUUUUCACCUUCUUGCUCCAAUACUCCCUGACGGUGGCUAGUAUCUUCACCCUGGGGCACUUGGGGAAGAAGGAACUGGGCGCGGUCAGUCUGGCGAGCAUGAGCGCCAAUAUCACGGGUUAUGCUAUCUACCAGGGAUUGGCUACCAGUCUCGAUACACUCUGCGCUCAAGCUUACGGUUCUGGGAAGAAGAAGCUGGUGGGUCUGCAAAUGCAGAAGAUGGUCUUCUUCCUGUGGACCAUCUCCAUUCCUAUUGUCAUUCUUUGGUUUUUUGCGGACAAGGUCCUGGUCAGGAUUGUGCCGGAGAAGGAAGUGGCUGAGCUUGCGGGCUUGUAUCUGAAGGUGGUCGCACUGGGUGCGCCGGGAUAUGCCUGUUUUGAGAGCGGGAAGCGGUUCGUGCAGGCGCAGGGUCUGUUCUCCGCUUCUCUCUACGUCCUCCUGAUCUGUGCUCCUCUCAAUGCAGUGAUGAACUACGUGUUCGUCUGGCAGUUCGGGUGGGGCUUUGUUGGAGCCCCCAUCGCCGUGGCCAUCACGGACAACCUGAUGCCGCUCUUCCUGUUUCUGUACGUGUACUUUGUUGCGGGAUCCGAAUGCUGGAAUGGUGUUACCCGAAGGGCGCUGCGCAACUGGGGACCCAUGAUCAAGCUCGCUCUUCCCGGUCUCCUGAUGGUCGAGGCUGAGUGUUUGGCCUUCGAGGUCCUCACGCUGGCUUCUUCGUAUCUCGGAACAACCCCCUUGGCCGCACAGUCCAUCCUUUCGACCAUCUCUAGCAUCACUUUCCAGAUCCCCUUCCCUGUCUCCAUCUCUGGAAGCACCCGUGUGGCGAACUUGAUUGGCGCUACCCUUGUCAACGCCGCCAAAACCUCUGCCAAGGUCACCAUGGUCGGUGCCGUGAUUGUCGGGCUCCUCAAUAUGCUCCUCCUCUCCUCGCUGCGCUACUACAUCCCUCGCCUGUUUACGUCCGAGGAGGAGGUCAUCGAACUGGUUGCCCAAGUGCUGCCUCUCUGCGCGGCGUUCCAACUCUUCGACGCCCUCGCAGCCAACUGCAACGGUAUCCUCCGAGGUAUCGGGCGGCAGGAGAUCGGCGGGUACGUCCAGCUCUUCUGCUACUAUGCCAUCGCCAUGCCCAUCAGUUUUGGGACCACCUUUGCUCUGGACUGGGGUCUCUUCGGACUCUGGAGUGGCGUGGCCCUUGCCCUCAUGCUCGUCUCCAUCAUUGAGGGAUUCUUCCUCACGCAGACCAACUGGAACCGCUCCGUGGAGGAUGCCCUGAAGCGGAACUCCAUGACUUGAAUUUAUUGUUACCUGUUACCGACGAAUGAUGACCACCAUGAUGUUUUGAUGAUUUUUUUUCGUUGUGGGUUCACUGCUAUUACCUAGCUUCCCCUUUGAACGACGGGUGCGGUAUAUUAGUACUGUACAUAUAUGGGAGGCGGCAUCGUUUAUUCAAAAGUUUCGACAAACUCACGACCCUCUGCAAGCGGACUGAGAU